CGUCUAUUUUCAAUUGAAUAAGAGCUAUUCUAACAUAGAUUUGGCAUUAAAACUAAUAUAAUAUCUAUCGAAAAAAUAUUAAUGCUGGAAAUGACAUUUACCUUCUUCUAAUAUAGCAAAAAACUUAAUAACUUACCAAUAUUUUGACUUUCGAUUCAAAUUUCCGCGGUGUUAUAAGAGAAAGAAUUUGAUUGGUCCAAACGCUACUAAUUGAACUUUGACCAAUCAAACUUCCUCUUUCAAACAGACUCAGUAAAAUUUAGAAAAAUGUCCAUGGAAAGACAUCAGGUAGCUCUUCGAGUCAGUCAGUUAGAUGCCUCAGAGCUGGACCAUGAAGUUCUUAGCUUAAUGAAAUCACAAUUGAAUAACAUAUUUAAGUAUUUCAAGCCGGGUGUCCUUACCAAGAUUGAACCAGAACUUAAUGCAGCAUUGAGACUAGCUAUUUGGAAGUUCAGUGUGGAUGCAUUGGGGUCCACAGUUGGGCAAAGCAUACUUGAACUAAAGUAUAAAAAUGUCCUGUCAUCUGAUGUUGCAAAGCCAUGGAUCUCUAAACGCCAAAGAUACCUCCUUGCCUUGAUUCUUAUUGGUGGACAGUGGCUGAAAGACAGAUCACAUGAUAUAGGCCAGCGAUUUGAUUGGCUUAAACUGCCAGAUAAGGCUACCCAUAUAUUGGACUAUUUAGAAAAGGGAUGGAAGGUGGCAACAUUGCUCAAUUUUCUGGUGUUCUUACAAAAUGGUGCCUACCAGUUUCUUAUUGAAAGACUACUUGGGAUCAGAAGUGUGUAUCCAAGAUAUCAAAGCUACAGACAGGUUAGCUUUGAGUUCCUUACAAGGGAGUUGCUCUGGCAUGGCUUUGCUGAAUUUCUUUUCUUCAUAUUGCCUCUGAUCAACUUCCAAAAAUUGAAGAAUUUUGCUAUGAAGCAUUUAAUACCCUCCCAAAUGAAGAGCUCUGCUUCAUCACGGUGCAAUGCUGACUACAAGGAAUGUGCUAUAUGUGGGGAUUGGCCAACCAUACCACAUGAGAUAGGAUGUCAGCAUGUCUUCUGUUACAUGUGCAUCAAGAGUAACUAUCUGGCUGACCCUGCUUACAACUGCCCUGUUUGUGGACACAGCAUAGCAACCUCUGAUGCAAUACAACCAGUCACAAUUACAGCUACUAGUAUAGCUACAUCAUGAACAUAGCAAAGGAUUACAUCAUGUCAUUAAGGCAACAUGCAGCCAUGUUAUCCGGGAGGAUUUUUUGAAAAUUAUCUGACUGUUAAUCAGUUGACUGUCAAGAUUGGCUGUAGAAAAUGAGCAAUGCAUAGAGAUAAACAGCUUUUUAUGUCACCACCACAAGUGGUGACAUUGUAUUAUAGUGUCCAACAUUUAUGUGGAUGGUGUUUGAUCUUUGGUGAUCAGCGUCUAACACAUGGCAGGUGGUGACAUUUUGCAUGUUAACGCCUUGUUAAAACAUUCCAAGAGUAAUGCAGUAUACUUGACGUGCC